AUGGAUCGAGGAGGAGCAGGAUGGGAACUUGUACUUGUGAACCUACGGUGAACCUUGUGGACCUUCACUUGCAUCGCCUAUCCACUGACUCCGUGAACGAGCACUUUUACGCGUGGGUUUAUUUACUGGCACGGGAAGCAUGCACCUUGCGCUUCUGCUGACGCUGGGUGUCGGGUUCGCGUUUGCGUGUCAGCUGCCCAGCGAGUGGCGACCCCUGAGCGAGGGCUGUCGAGCUGAACUCGCCGAGAUUAUCGUGUACGCCAAGGUGCUGGCCAUCCACGAGGAGCCGUACGCGUCCAGCCUUUACAAUUACCUGCCGUCCCUGAAGCACGAGCGCGCGGAGGACGCGCUGCUGUACGCGGCGGAGGUGGAGCUGCUGUGCGAUCAGGCGUGGGGCAGCAUGCUGGAGGUGCCCGCGGGGUCGCGCCUCAACCUCACGGGACUGGGGUAUUUUAGCUGUCAGUCACACACGGUGAUGGAAAACAACUCCUACAUAUUCUUCCUCAGGAUGGAUGAAAACUACAACAUCCUCCCUCAUGGAGUCAACUUCCAGGAUGCCAUAUUCCCUGACACCCUGGAGAACAGACGACUGUUUUCCAGCCUCUUCCAGUUCUCAAACUGCUCUGGUGGACAGACGAUGCACAACUUUAAUAGUGAUUGGGAGAGCCAGGAAGACAGCAGGCUGCUGUGUUCCUCCGUGCAGAAGGUGUUGUUUGAGGAGGAGGAGCGAGUUGGACAGCUUGAGGAGCGCGUGGCCGAGCUGGAGAGGAAGAACGAACAGUUAAAAGAACGAGUGGGGAAACUGAGGCAUUCUCUGAGGAAGGCCCGUAAAGUGUCCCGCCGUGCGGAACGGGAGCGACUGGAGCUGCAAGAGCGUCUGAAGAUGGCAGAGAGACAAGUGGGACAUCACCUCAAUGCCAUUUCACCCCAACACAGUCCUCCCCGCCACAGAUACACACACGGACUGUGAGCUCCAACACACGCACACACACACACUCACACCUUCACAUAUGGACUCAUACAGACUGCAGGGCAGUCUUCAAAUCCCAUAUAUUUGCAUUUUUUGUUCUUUCCAUAGUUUUUAGCAAUUAAUUAAGCUCCAAAUGCUUGAUGUAAACUUGUUUUGUACAUAAUUUUAAUGUUGAUAUUAAUAAGGUAAGCUUAAACUUAAAACUUAAACCCCUGGUUUCACAGACGAGGCUUAAGCCUAGUCCUAGACUAAAAUGUAAGUCUUAGCUGUUUCAACUGAAAUAAGCUUGCACUGACUGAUCUUAACCAGUACACCAUGCACACCAGUAAUGUUUAUAGCAUGUUUAUAAAACUUACUUAAAUGUCCUAAUUGAACUAUGUCUGUGAAACCGGGCCAAAAAGAUUUUAGUGUAAAGUGAAUACGUAUGGAGCUAUUUCUAAUUUGACCCUUAAAAAUGACUUGUUAGUGUAAGCUGAUGUCGUACUUUUAGUUUGAAUUAAACUAAUUUUGAUGUUA